AUGGCUUUCUUCGACCCUGCACCUAAGCCCAAGAGCCUUCUCGGCUACCACAGAGUGCUGGCACCCUCUGCCGGCAUCAAAUGCUCACCAUUGUGCCUCGGUGCCAUGAACUUCGGCAAUGGAUGGAAAGAGUUCAUGGGAGAAUGUGACAAGAAGACCAGCUUUGAAGUUCUUGAUGCUUUCUUCGACCUCGGGGGUAACUUCAUCGAUACUGCUAAUGCAUACCAAUGCGAGGAGUCUGAGGAGUGGCUUGGUGAAUGGAUGGAAAAGAAGGGAAAUCGUGAUCAGAUGGUCAUUGCUACCAAAUACACCACCGGAUACCGCUACCAUGCUCGCGAUGCUGAGCCUCUCCAGUCCAACUUUGUCGGCAACUCGUUCAAGUCCAUGCACAUCUCUGUCAACCGUUCUCUGAAGAAGCUUCGCACUGACUACAUUGAUCUGCUGUACGUGCAUUGGUGGGACUUUACCACCAGUGUUGAGGAAGUCAUGCACGGUCUCAACGCGUUGAUCACCGCUGGCAAGGUUCUCUAUCUGGGAGUCUCGGAUACACCCGCCUGGGUUGUAGUCAAGGCUAACGACUACGCCCGCGCUCACGGUCUGCGUCCUUUCUCAGUCUACCAAGGCAAAUGGAACGCCGCCUACAGAGACAUGGAAAGAGAGAUAAUCCCGAUGUGCUACGAUCAAGGCAUGGCACUCGCACCUUGGGGCCCUCUGGGUCAGGGCAAAUUUAAGACCAAGGAAGCUCGCAGCAAGGAGCACGAAGGCUCAGCUCGUGCUUCGCAGUCCAGCGAGCAAGACAAUGCCAUUUCAGAUGCGCUCGAGAAAGUCGCCGAGAAGCACAAGGCUACCAUGCAUGGAAUUGCUCUUGCCUACGUCAUGCACAAGACUCCAAAUGUGUUCCCUAUCGUUGGUCAACGCAAGGUCGAACACCUCAAGGCUAACGUCGAGGCGUUGAGUAUCAAGCUCACGCAGGAAGAUCUGAAAGAGAUUGAGGCCGCAUCAUCAUUCGAUCCCGGAUUCCCCAUGACUUUCAUCUUUGCUGACAAGUUUGAUGUCACGAACAACACUGCGGCAGAUGUUAGACUUACUGGAAUUUCUGCUCACAUAGAUCAACCUCCCAAGCAGCAGCCUGUCCCAGCUCGCUCUGAGGUGUGA